GAAGAGCCACCAGAAAUGGACAGAAAGGAGAGGACGAUAAAUAUGGAUAGAAAAGGACUUUAUAUAAAACAUUAUUUCAUAUAAAAUCAAACUAAACUCCAGAUAUUUGUUUUUAUCCAACAGUCUUACAUUAUAUCCUCCACGCGCACACACGCGCACACACUCACAAGCACCGGUUAUGAAUGGGUGCAUAAAUCCACUCUCAGGUCCCGCCCCUUCCGUGCGCUCACACGGACCAAUCAGCGGCGGCGGAGCGCCUGGAUGGGCCGUCGCGUCAGCUGCCGUCGUGUCGGGAUUGGAAUGUUAGCGACCAACAAUCGGAACAACUGAGCACUCAGUAAUUGGACACAAGGAUCAAGGAAUCCCGUCGUCUGGAUCCCGGUUUUCCUUCUCCACGCGUUUCUGCCUGGAGCCCGAGCGCAGCGUCCGGAUCCGGGGGGGAAGUCCUCCUCCUGCUGCCGCUCUGCUCCUGCUGCGAGGCUGGAGCUCCGCGGAUGAGGCUUUUAUUUCACACCAGCCUGGGAAUGCGGGGAGGCAGUGAGGAAUAGAACAGAGAAAUGCAGGGAUUCGUCAGGUUACACUGAGCUUCUUCUUCCCCCCUCCUCCUCCUCCUCCUCUCUGCCUUCCUGCGCUCCGUCUCCUCCUGCCGCUCCUCUCCCUGGGACCAUGGAGCGAUAGAAGACCCGGGGCAGACCGGACGAAUCUCACCCCGUGGUAUUUGGAUCCGAGCGCCAGACGGAGCUUAUUUUUACCUUAGGUCAGUGCGCCGCCGACUUCCACAUCCAAACCGGGGUACCUUUGCGUCUGGGAGAGCCUCGGGGACCCCUGCCCGUUCCUGGAAGGGGGAGGGGGGGACCACAAGAGUUCCCACACCGUUGUCAGGACACUUUUCCAUCCGAAAAGCCCCUCACGGCGCCGGCUUGAAUGAAGACGGGAAGACGCCCAGUCCUGGAGGAUUUGUGCUGUUGAUUUUCCCCCUUCUUCUUCUUCUUCUUCUUUUUUUUUUUUAAAUCCAGGUUCGGUGUCUUGAGGUUCAGGGAGACGCCGUGCGUUAUGGUGGAACUCUACAGCAGAGGGAGACCCGGGCACCACUCUUAAAAUCGCCCACAUGCACUGGAUCAAUCGCUGGAUUUGGGAAGCAAAUACGCAGAAGGGGGGUUGGCUUGGAUCCGUGGAGGCAGCCGGAGGAUGGAGCCGUGUAGCCGGGCUUGGUGAGAGCCUAACUCGGGGGCUACUUUGCAUUUCUUCUUCCCGAACGACGCGCCCCUCUCCCCAGGACACAUGCAGGCCAAAAAACGCUACCUGAUCCUGCUCUCCGCCGGUGCGUGUCUCGUGCUUCUCUUCUACCUCGGAGGAGUUCCACUUCCAGCGGCGAGCAGGAGCCGGCAUGACCGCAGCCGGAACGGAUACCGGCCGGACCAGCCCUGGCCGCACUUCUCUGACCCCUUACACCCGUUCCUGCCCUGGGAUCAGGCCGACACGGAGGAGUACAACCUGCACAUAUCGCCGACCCAGAAGCGGGACGUCAACACCAGUGUUUACAAAGGCAAACGGUGCCGGAUGGACUCGUGCUUCGACUUCUCUCAGUGUCAGAAGAACGGAUUCAAAGUUUAUGUUUACCCGCAGCAGAAAGGAGAGAAAAUCUCCGAGAGUUAUCAGAACAUUUUAUCCACGAUCGAGGGCUCGAGGUUCUACACCUCAGACCCCGGACAGGCGUGUCUGUUCGUCCUGAGUCUGGACACUCUGGACAGGGACCAACUCUCGCCGCAGUAUGUCCACAACCUGAAGACCAAGGUGCAGAACCUGCCUCUGUGGAACGACGGCAGGAACCACCUGAUAUUUAACUUGUACUCGGGCACUUGGCCGGACUACACGGAAGACUUGGGCUUCGACAUCGGCCAGGCCAUGUUGGCCAAAGCCAGCAUCAGCACCGAGAACUUCAGGCCCAGAUUUGACGUCUCCAUCCCGCUCUUCUCCAAGGACCACCCGCGGACCGGCGGGGACCGGGGGUACCUGAAGUACAACUCCAUCCCGCCGUUCAGAAAGUACGUGCUGGUGUUCAAGGGGAAGCGGUACCUGACCGGCAUCGGCUCCGACACCCGGAAUGCCUUAUAUCACGUCCACAACGCGGAGGACGUGGUUCUGCUGACCACCUGCAAGCACGGCAAGGACUGGCAGAAGCACAAGGACGCGCGCUGCGACAAGGACAACGCGGAGUACGACAAGUACGACUACAAGGAGAUGCUUCAUAACUCCACCUUCUGUUUGGUUCCUCGUGGCAGGAGACUGGGCUCCUUCCGCUUCCUGGAAGCGUUACAGGCUGCAUGUGUGCCUGUGAUGCUGAGUAACGGCUGGGAGCUGCCGUUCUCCGAGAUCAUCGACUGGAACACGGCGGCGGUCAUCGGUGACGAGCGGCUUCUGUUGCAGAUUCCGACCACGGUGCGCUCCAUCCACCAGGAUAAGAUCCUGUCCCUCAGACAGCAGACGCAGUUCCUGUGGGAGGCGUACUUCUCCUCGGUGGAGAAGAUAGUGCUGACCACGCUGGAGAUCAUCCAGGACCGUGUUCUGGAGCACGGCUCCAGGAGCAGCCUGAUGUGGAACAGUCACCCCGGGGGACUCUUCGCUCUGCCGCAGUACUCUGGAUACCUGGGAGACUUCCCUUUCUACUACGCCACACUGGGAAUUAAACCGUACUCAAAGUUCACAGCCGUCAUCCACGCCGUCUCUCCUCUGGUCUCUCAGUCUCAGCCCAUCCUCAAGCUCCUGGCCGCUGUGGCCAAGUCUCAGUACUGCGCACAGAUCAUCGUACUGUGGAAUUGUGACAAACCUCUCCCCGCCAAGCACCGCUGGCCCGCCACCUCCGUGCCCGUCAUCGUCAUCGAGGGGGAGAACAAGGUGAUGAGCAGCCGCUUCCUGCCGUACGAGACCAUAGUGACCGACGCUGUCCUCAGCCUGGACGAAGACACGGUGCUGUCCACCACUGAGGUACAGUUCUGUUUUAUAUAAAGAACUCAACCAAAUUCCCUGAGCUGUGUGUCCUCACCAGAGCUUUUCUUUUCUUAUUCAUCCUUCUUCCUUGAUUCUGCGCCUGUAAUCACACAGACUCUGAGUCACCCCUAAACCCAGCAGUUCCAGAGCACUGUGCUCAGUACAGUAUUUGUUCUGCAAGAGUUGUUGCUGUGUUUUCCCGGGGAUAGGUUUUUUUGGCGCAGCACCCUGGGAACAACAGAUGCUGCUUUGAACGGUGUGGAAUUAGAUCCCAUAAAGACUUUUUGUGUGGAAGGAUGAGGAAGAAAAGGCAGCACUGGCGUGGAAGAGGGAGAAUCCAGGGCCAAAAAAGAAACCAAAUCAUGAAGACAUUUAGGACAACGUGAUGGAGGCCAGUGUAGUGAAUUUGGAAUUUGAUGAAGAUGAGAUUCCUGGGGAGUCUCCUCAUCGGGUCUUGUUUUCAUCAGUUUUAAGUGCACAGCCUGGCUUCACCAGGAACAAAAUUAACUUAUUUUCCCCAGUUUCUUGUAUGUUUCUCCUACUUUAAUGUAAUAAAAACUAAAAGCUCUUUCCAAGAGCUGCACCUAGUUUUAAACAACUAAAUGUUGACCCUUAAAUAUAUAUUUCAAACUCUUCAGACUCAGUAAAUUUUCUGCGUGUUUUGGAUUCAAAUUAUAUAAAUCUCUCACAAAAAGUAAACAAUUAGAUUUAAGCCAAGUAUACGAAAAAAAAAAAAAACGCCAAAAAAGGUUUCCAUGGAGAGUUCUAAAAAGUCGAUGAAACUUAGCAAUAUAGCUAAAAGUUAGCCACCAAAACCAAAAAUUGUUGUAUUGGCUAGAAUGCGUAAAAUAAAAAAAAUAAACAAUUUAAAUACUGUUAAGCAAUUAUA